GGCGGGUCCCCAUAAAUACCUCCAGGGGGGGGGAGAGUCGCCUUCUCCGCAUCCCGCUCGUCUCGGUUCUUCUGCAUCUUGGUUCGCAAGCAGCCUCACCAGCCCGAACAAUGAAAGCCUCGUGGUCGUUGGUUGGCUCCACCCUGCUCGCUGCCUCGUCGGUCUGGGCCGAUGGUUCCGCCCGUAUCCGUUCGUACUCGGGCAGCAACAACAACCCAGACUCGCCUGCCCUGGGCACCCCCGGCAACCCGUACCUCAAUGUCCUGCCGGCCCAGUUCCUGCAGGGGCUGCCGGAUCCCCGCCUGGUCUCCAACGGCGUCCAGACUGGCACCCAGCCCAAACCCACGUUCUUUGGCUACCAGGACCAGGAGGAGCCUCUCUCGCGUGCCCAAGUCAACCUGUUCGAGACCUGGUUUGGCCAGUUCAUCAACCACGAUCUCGAGGACGAUGCACUCACGCCCGGCCGUCCAGGCUUGAUCUCUGUCGCCAACAUCUCCAACGAUCCCCUCUUCAAGCCCUCGGCCGACAACCCCUGGAACCCCGGUCACUCUACCAGUCUGUUUUCCUCGUCGUCCGUCACCCGGCUCGUCAACGGCGUCCCCACCCCCAUCAACAACGGCAACAGCUUCCUGGAUCUGUCUACCAUCUAUGGUCUCGACCCCGCCACCAACACCAAGCUCCGUGUUGGCACCGAUGGCCUGCUCCUGACCGGCAACUACACCGGCGACGGUGGUGCCUACAACCCCCUGGUCGGCAACAUCACCACUUACAACCUGGCUCCCUCGACGGCCCAAACUGGUCUGCUGACCAGCUCGAACGGCGCCAUCACCCCUCCUGGCCUGUUCCCGCAGGACAUCCAGGUUGGAGGCGACUCGCGCGCCGUCGAGAACGUGGCCCUGGCUCUGCUGCAUUCCUUCUGGAUCCGUGAGCACAACAGCGUCGCCAAGGCAGUCAAGCAGGUCCUGAAUGGACGUCUGGUUUCCGCCAGCGACGAGACCAUUUUCCAGAUUGCCCGUGCCAUCACGAUCAGCGAAUACCAGUACGUCAUCUUCAACGAAUACGUUCCCACCAUCAUCGGCAAGCCUCUUCCGUUCUACAACGGCUACAACAAGAGCGUCGAUCCCACGACUUCGAACCUGUUCGCCGGUGCCAUCUAUCGCUAUGGCCACUCGACCGUCCGCGACUACGACAUCGUGGAUGUGUGCACCCACCAGCCCAUCUACAUGUUCAACGCCACCAGCACCCUGCCGCAGAUCCAAAAGUCGUUCUUUGGCACCAAGGUCAACGUGACCGAUGGCAUGAUCGCCACCCGCUUCCCCUUUGGCGGCCAGAUCGUUGUCCUUGGCUCGGGCCGCGACGUCAUGACCCCUGCCGCUAGAUACCUGGCGCUUGCUUCCGGCUCGAGUGGCGACGGCUUUGCCAACAUCUUCUCCUCUCUGAUCCUGUCUCGUCAGGCCGAAACCGACACCAUCAUCCACAAUGCCCUUCGAAACUCGAUCGCUCUGGACCUGUUCAGCACCGACAUCCUUCGCAGCCGUCUCGACGGCCUCCCCAGCUACACUGCUGUUCGCGCUCGCUAUGGCCCCUCGGAUCUCCUUACGGCCCCCGAGUGCGUCAAAUCGAUCUCGUCGGUUGCCUGCUUCCAGCUCAUUACGCCCUCAAACCCCUCCCUUGCCCAGUCCCUGCAGUCUCUGUACACCAACGUCACCAGCAUCGAUGCCCUCGUCGGAGCUCUUGCCGAGGAGCGUGGCCCCAACACCGACCUUCCUCUCACCAUCGCCAACUAUCUGGCCGAAGAGUUUGUACGCAAGAGAGAUGGCGAUCGUUUCUACACCCCCAUCGACCAGCUCUUGCCCACCUUGGCGGACAUCAUCUCUGGCGAGUUCGGCAUUGCCGAUGGAGCCGGCAUUGCGGACGAGAUCUCGUCUGCCCUGGACCUCUACAGCACCUCGAUGUCCAACAUCAUUGGCCGAAACCUUGGUCUGUACGGCCUCCCCAACAACGUCUUCAAGGUUCCCAAGUAUGCCAGCGUCGUCCCUUUCUACUCCGCCUGCCCGGCCAACUAAUUGUCCCGCUCCAUCUUUCACCUCUCAAAGCUCCCAUGAAUACGCGUGGGUCGCGAUGGCCUCUACUCCCGUCUGUUUCCUUCUCGAGAUUUGCUUGUUUCUCGAAUCUAUUUUCCCUCUCCUGGUUCGCUUGAUGCAUUUUUAUAUGACUUUGAAACCACCAGGAGUGCACUUUGCACUUGAACGAACGGGACACUGCCCAUUCUAUGAACAUGUAGUAUGUGAUGAGC